AGGUUCGCUUCGUUAUAAUUUUUGCGCGUUCCGAAAUAUGAGAAGCAGAAACAGUUGCGAUCGUUCUGUGGCCGAGUAUACUCGGUGAAAUAAUUCAAUGACGGCUAUUUUGACUAAUAAUUACAACUUAAUAAUAGUUACAAAAUAACGCAGUUACGCGCCGCUCAUCAACACAGCGCGACCAGUGUUAGAUUGAUGUUUCCGUAGGUUAUUGUUUGCCGAAAUGGGACCUCCACCCGUAGUUACUGGGAUAUCGCCCAAGGAAGGCCCGCCUGGGACUCGGGUGAUAGUCCGCGGCGAGUUUUUAGGAAAUAAAGCUCAAGAUCUUCUAGGACUGACAAUAUGUGGAUGCGACUGCUUACUUUCGGCCGAGUGGAAGUCGUCGAACAAAAUUAUAGCAAGAUCAGGUCCUUGCAAGGGUCGCGGAGAUAUAAUAGUAACCACUCAGAGUGGAGGACAAGGGACCUCGACGGUGCAGUUUCGUGGUUAUCACGAAACUAUAGGCCCUAUGAAGGAAUCGGCUGUAUGGGUGGAGGAAGCUCCUAUGCAGACUAUUGUCUGGGGUAGAAGAACAUUGUCACCUACAAAUUAUCAACAGGAGGAUCCUUUGGGUCUCAGCGUAGAAGGAAACGAUAAAAAGUUUCCCGAAGAUGAGUUGAUCGAACUGUUCGGAGAUGGCAGUGGAGAUCUGACAAGCGAAAAGUUUCAUCCUGGAUGGUUUUUAUUGCAGCAUCAUCAUGCCACUACUUUGGAAGACUUGAAAGCUGGCUUGGCUUAUCUCAGAAGAAAAGUCAAUUCCCAAAAGGAAGGCCAACUAUCGUUUCUCAAGGCUAAUGUGGGAGCAGUGAUGGAGCAGCUCGACACGAUAAUGUCAUUAAAGGACCAGUUCGAAGCAGAUAUGAAGAGUUAUGGUAGCGAUCCUAUGGAGAAAUUGGAGAAAGCCAUCAAACAGUCUAUGUCAGAGGCUAACAAGUUAUUCGACGACGUAUUGGCGAGAAGGGACAGAGCAGACGCCACGCGUAACGCGCUGGCUGUAAUGCAACGUUAUAAAUUUCUCUUUUGUAUGCCGAUAAACAUCGAGAGAAACAUCAAGCGUGGCAAUUACGAUCUGGUGAUUAACGACUAUGCCAGAGUGAAAAAUCUCUUUAAAAAUACGGAAGUGGAGGUCUUCAGGAAAGUGUUGGAGGAGAUUGACGAUAGAAUCAGUAACUUUAAGGUAUUAUUGCGAAACAAAUUGGAACAGAUGCCGUUCAAUUUAGAGGAGCGUAAGAAAAUCAUCAGAAACCUCGUCAAUCUUGACGUCGAGGGCGAUCCAGCGUGGGAUGCGAUAGUCUCACAUGCAAAUUAUCUGGAGAAAAGUGUCGCCAGUGCCGUGCACGAGCAUCUGGACUCGUCAGCGAAGAUCAGCGUCAAUAGUGACGAUACGACGAACAGUCGUUCGUCCAAGUCUACACCUACGAUAAACAUUAAGCACUUACGCAUGCAGAAAAACAAUAACAACGACAACUUACCGUCGCAAAUCUCAUGUGUCGAAACGAUUUGCGAUAUCGUGAUAGAACAAUUGCCGGAUCUUUGGAGAUUGGGACAGAGUUACUUCACGGGACAGCUACAUGUGGCGGUAGACGUGGAAAAACAGAGUCACUUUAAGAAUUUAGUUUUAUCGAGUAUGCAACACGCCAUGGAGGCCAUGAAAGAUACGUGCAAUCAUGACGUCGAAGCACUGUGGCUCCUACACAUUUUACGUUGCAUCAGGCAAAUGUACGCGUCUCUGAUACAUCUGGAUCUGCCUAGCGAUGCUCUCGAUAUUUUCGGAUCGUUUAUACUCGACUUGAGGAUACAAUGUCUGGUUGCUCUGUUCAAACAAGGAGCGGAUAAUAUAACGGCUCUAAGUCGAAAGGAAACGUGGCAGAUAGAAUAUCUGAACGAAGAUGGUGGUGUUACAAAAUUGCCAUAUCUGUUCGAGGGAAUAGUUUUGGAGAUAUCGAAGCACGCGCGUGAGACGAUAGUUGCUUGUGGCCCGAGGGAGGGUCCCCUCUUUAAUAAUACGGCCCACCAGAUGCUCUAUCACAAUACCAUUAAAACAUUAUUUACGUCGUUUGCGCGAUGUCUACAACAAUUAGCGUUUAGCGGUUGCGAAGAAGCUAUGGAUAAUGACGAAACGUCAGUUUCGCAAUUGAUCGGUUCACCAUCCGGUUACAAGAGUAAGACCAACAAACACCAAGGACCGACGUGGGAGCAGUGUCUCUUAAUCUCACUGAGCAAUAUACGAUACACGCUAAAUAUCGCUUUACCAAGAAUCGAGGAAUCCCUGAAAGCUCAAGGCUAUCCGGAAUUAUCCACCGCGGUUGGAUGGAGCUCGGAUUGGACGCAAUUAAAGACACUGGAUAGUGCCGUUCUGGAUGCGUAUCUGGAACGACGUUGCGAUCCGCUCGUCGGCACGAUCGAACCUAGCAUGUACCUGGGCGGUUUGGAGUGGGAUUUCGAUACUGAGCCGACACAUCUAAAACCGUACGCUCAGGAGAUACUGGCAAAUCUGAUCGCAGUCCAUGCGGAGGUGCGCCGAGUUGCGCCGGCUCUGUUGGAGCGGAUUUUGUCUCAUAUAGUGGAGACUAUAGCGGAGGAACUUGCGCGGCUCAUGUCGUGCGUCACGCAAUUUCGUCCGGCCGGAAUUGUUCAAGCACGAACGGACAUAAUACUUUUGAGAAACGCCCUGCAAGCUUACAGCACAAGUAGAGCGAGAAGUUUCUUCGAGGAGGCUCUGGACGCGAUACCGCAGCCAGCCAGCAGAGAAGAUCGCGCGCGAAUAGACUCCCUUCUGUCGAAAAUUACCACAUGCAUGCGACUGCAACUGUUGUGUCUCGUCAAUGAAGGAACGGAAAAUAUUCGUUACCUGACAGCAGACCCCGAGCGCGUUACGACCGUGUAGUUUGCAGUGACUAAGGUAUCUCUUGACAGACAGCGGGUAUGUGUAUAUAUAUAUAUAUAUUGUGUUAUAAUUUAUUCAACCAUCUCGAUAUAUUAUAUGAAUUAUGUACGCGACAUAGAUUAUACAAUGGACGCAGAAUGCAAAAACUUAA